AUGAUCGGAAAAAAGGCCGCGAUUAUCGCAACUGCUGCAACCCUCGGCGCUGUUGCUGGCCCUCCUCUCGCUGUUGCAAUAAUCACCGGCAUCGGCUUCGGCGCAGGUGGUAUAGCGUCCGGGACGCUCGCCGCUGAAAUUAUGGCGUCGUAUGGGGGGUUCGUGACAGCGGGUUCUACUUGUGCAAUCUUGCAGUCCAUUGGGGCAGCUGGGCUGGGGGCAGCCCAAGCAAUUGCCUCUGCAUUGGCGAUAGGUAGCGUCGCCGCGGGGGUCGCAGCAGUAGGAGCAACAGGAGGAGCGGAUGAAGAUGGCCAGGAACCGGGAGAAGAGGAAACGAAGGACGAAUAA